GGGGAAUACGAUCCUAUUAGCAAGUGGCGGGCUAUUACUGUGAACGGGACCCCUGGCACCAGGCUGCUGAGUCACCCUAGAGAAGACACCCGGCAAAGAAAAGGACCCCGAGGAAGGAGGUCGUCGGGUUUGGGACAGACUCAGCUAGAUGUGGAUUCACGAGCUCAAUUUGGACCGUCAAAAUACUCGACAUGAACCGAGUAAGGGGCUGGAGUGGCGAGAACAACUUGAUGGAGAUGAGCCCGUCCGACUCCUAUAAUGAUAAUAUGAAUGGCUCCUACCAUGACUCAUCUGGGCCAGGUUUCCUAUAUGGAGAAUCAGAGAUCGAGAAACAGCAGCAGAGUAAAGACUUUGUGUUCUUCCGUGAUGGACUACGCAGGAUUGAUUUUGUCCUGUCCUACACUGAUGAAGACAGUGAAAAACACAGAAGAAAGAGGGAGCUUUACGAAGCCAACCUCAUGAAAGUCGGCUUGGAGCUGGAGACUGAAGAUAAAUUAGAAUCGGAAGAUGGAAAGACCUACUUUGUGAAGAUCCACGCACCUUGGGAGGUUUUGGCCACUUAUGCAGAUGUGCUGAAAAUCAAAGCACCCUUUAAGGUCAACGACAUGCAAAGAAAAUCUGUGAAUCCCUUGAGUUGGUUGGCCACCCCUUUGCGUCUUCCGGAGCACAUCAUGUAUCCUGACCCGGACUUCUUCACCGCUACCUUCAACAAGAGCAAAGCAGACUUCUUUCUCAUCGAUGACAAAGAUACAUUCUUUAGCCCUGCCACUCGCAACAGGAUAGUAUACUACAUCCUCUCCCGGUGUCCAUAUGUAGAGGAUGAACACCUGGAUAAAGACAAGAAAGGAAUCAAGAGAUUGCUUAACAACUGCACCUACACAGGGGCAUUUCCAUUGCAUGAUGUGAGACCCUUUUCCCAAAUUACAGUAUUGAAUAAUCAAAGAUUUUUCAAAUACAGUAAUACUGUGCUUGUUUGUGUGCGUGUGCAGGGAAGAUACUGGGUAAAACCGAAGGAUUCUAGUUUUGAGAGGGACAGAUACAAUCUCUACCAAAACUGGGCCAAAUUUUCAUGCUUCUUCAAAGAGCAGCCUCUCAACCUCAUCAGGAAGUACUACGGGGAGCGGAUUGGCCUCUAUUUUGCCUGGCUUGGGUUCUACACUGAGAUGUUAUUUUUUGCUGCAAUUGUGGGAUUACUUUGUUUCUACUAUGGUUUGUCCUCAUACAAAGACAAUGAGUGGAGUAAGGAAAUCUGCAGUGAGAAAAUCGGAGGCAAUAUUGUGAUGUGUCCGCUGUGUGACAAGAAAUGUACCUUCUGGAAACUCAGCACAACAUGCAAUUCAUCAUGGCAAGCGCAUCUCUUUGACAAUGCGGGAACUUUGCUGUUUGCCAUAUUCAUGGGGAUUUGGGUGACUUUAUUUCUGGAGCUUUGGAAGAGGCGCCAGGCCCGUCUAGCGUAUGAGUGGGAUCUGGUGGACUUUGAGGAGGAGGAGCAGCAACUGCAGAUCCGUCCUGAGUACGAGAUUAGGUGCACCAGCCGCAAGCUGAAUCCCAUCACUCAGGAAAUGGAGCCUAACUUACCCAUAACAACAGUCAGGUGUGCACGUAUAUGUUUUUCUGGAGCUACUGUCCUUUUGUGGAUUUGUCUGACCAUUUCCUGCAUCAUCGGAGUGAUAGCAUACCGCCUGGCUGUCUACGCAGCCUUUGCCAGCUUCAUGAAGGAGAAUGAACAAUUUAACAAGAUGGGUUCCUCAAUCACCCCGCAGCUGGCCACCGCUGUCACCGGCUCAUGCAUCAACUUUGUCAUCAUUAUGAUACUCAACCUAAUGUAUGAACGAGUGGCUAUUUGGAUAACUAACCUGGAAAUUCCAAAGACGCACGUGGAGUAUGAGAACAAGCUGACAGUAAAGAUGUUCCUAUUCCAGUUUGUCAACUACUACUCCUCCAUCUUCUAUGUAGCAUUCUUUAAAGGCAAAUUCAUCGGCUAUCCUGGAGGUUAUUCUUACAUGUUUGGCCAGACGACUAGACUCAGGAAUGAAGAGUGUGACCCUGGUGGUUGUUUGAUUGAAUUGACCACCCAGCUUGUAAUCGUGAUGACCGGGAAGCAGGUGUGGGGCAACAUCCAGGAGUCUCUGGUCCCGGUGUUAAUGAACUGGUGGCGUGGCAGAAGAGCUCGCAGCCACCCAGACAGUCUGUAUAGCCGUUGGGAGCAAGACAACAACCUGCUGAUGUUUGGGCAACUGCAACUCUUCGACGAGUACCUGGAAAUGGUGAUCCAGUUUGGUUUCGUCUCUCUGUUUGUGGCUUCCUUCCCCUUGGCUCCUCUGCUGGCUCUCUUCAACAACAUUAUCGAGGUUCGAGUGGACGCUUGGAAGCUCACUACUCAGUUCAGACGUCCCGUGGCAGCCAAAGCUCAUAGUAUUGGCGCGUGGGGGGAAAUCCUCAGUGGCAUUGCCAUUUUGUCUGUUGUUACCAAUGCUUUCAUUGUGGCUUUCACUUCUGAUAUGAUCCCCCGACUUGUGUAUAUGUACGCUUACCAGCCAGAUGGGGUAGUUACUAUGAAAGGCUACAUCAACAACAGCUUGUCUGUGUUCAACAUCUCAGAGUUCCUACCGGCCAACAGGCCAGAUGAUGAUGAGAUGCCGUCCUGGUUCAACAGCUCCAUCACAACCUGCAGGUACCAAGACUACCGCUACCCUCCUGGCCACGAGAAUCAGUAUGCCCACACGUUGCAGUUCUGGCAUGUUUUGGCUGCCAAGCUAGCCUUCAUCAUCAUCAUGGAGCAUAUCGUGUUUCUAAUCAAGUUCUUUUUGGCCUGGCUGAUUCCCGACGUUCCUGUCGACGUGAGGGAUCGAGUGAGGAGAGAGCGCUAUCUGGUCCAAGAAAACCUCUACAAAUUCGAAGUGGAGAAGGUGAGGAGUCAAUUCAGCGGGUACGUGGACGAGGAAAACAAGGUGUAUAGCAGACAACAAGCUCUGUGACUUCCACUCAAUAACCUGGGCUGAAUGUAACGCCGCCCUGACAUACAAAGAUGAAGAUGUGUAGCUUUAACUUACUUCCUUGACACCAAUUAUUACUUCCUCCUGAAAAAGCGUGAUAAAUGCAAAAAGGUGAGUUUUGGGUGAUCCGCGAAUAAGGGGGAGUGGCUGUUUAUUUGUCAUUGAUUAAUGACAAACGCACUUGUAAACACAUAGCCUUUAUGAAGGAGUUUGAGGUCUCCGCAGUCCUCAGCUAUCCUGCUUCAAGACUUGAAUAUACGUAAUUGCCUCGUAUUUAUGGCCUUCUAUUCUAUGCUGUAAUUGCAAUUCUGAUAUUGAUCACACUUUGCUGGAAAGACAAGCCUUUCUAUUGAAGACUAUUUAUUUUAUUAGCUACUAUAAGUGGCUUAAGAGUAGAUACCUUAAUAUAUCACACUUUGACCUGGGUUGCCUGUCUUGUGCAGUUGUAUCAACAACAUUAGUGUCAUAUGAAAUUGAUGAAUUACUUCAUUCAUGUUUUUUUUUUUUUUUUUUAAACUAUUCAGUUUUUGCCCAUUACGCAAAAUCCCUUCAUCUGUGUCUAUGCAUUGAAGGAAAAGUGCAUUUUAGAUUUUUGUUUGUUUGUAAUUGCACAACGCACUUGAUGAAAAAUGACUUGUCAUAAAUGUGCCAGUCUUGUGGUUGUCAUGGCGACACCGCAUUCACAGCCUUGACUGUUCUAAAGCAGCACACGGAGCAUAUUUAAGCUUUUAUAAUGCUCCCUGUAGAAAAAAAAGUGUUCAAUGGAAAGCUUUAAAUUGUAUCAUUUAUUCAGAUAAUCUUCAGAAUUGUAUGCUUAUUUUUUGUUUUCCAUCAUUGCUGUGUGAAUUUGUUCUUUUGUCAUUUUUUUAUACUUUAAGCAAGUGAAUACGUUUACUGUACAUGGACUAUCUAAUUACUUGGUUCUGUAUUUUUCCCAUUUGCUGUAUCCAAACCUCAAGAAUAAAUUCCAGUCCAACAAACGUUUGCUGCUUUACUGAGGACGUUGGCAAGCAUGAACAUUCACACAACAGAUGGCUAGUGAGGAUGCCGAUUCCUUGUUCGUGUUUGCUCGCACAAGUAGGUGUGGUUAACACCCGAGUAUAUUGGCACGCU